UUCUCCGACUGUAUCCAACCCCAUUGAGAAACACAGGUGUUGGAGUGUCUUCAAUGGGUUCCAGAACUGGCAGCAUUAUUUCUCCUUACAUUGUUUUACUUGGUAGUUAUCAAGAGAUCCUGCCGUUUAUUGUGAUGGGGGUGUUGAUGGUGUUCUCAGGAAUUGUGGUCUUGUUUCUGCCAGAAACGUUCAAUAUUCCUCUUCCAGAUACAAUUGACCAAAUGCAAAAAGUUAAAUGGUGCAAGGGUUCUCACUCUGAUUCAACUCAAACCAGAGAAAACAAUGUGGUGAUUUUAAAAGAGGAAAUGCUUUGAGCACAGAUCUUCACCAGCAGCCAAGUGACUGAGGAAUUCAUUGCCGUUUGGGUCAGGCUCCAACUCUUCAGGAGUGGCAACUCCAAAAGUGGCAACUUCUUCUGUUGAUCCAGAAAGAAACUGAUGCCUGGAGAUCACAGUGAAAUGAUCAGAUCUCCUGCAUGGAAUAGGAUUUGAAGUUUCUACCAAAGUUUCACAAAACCAAAUUACUGGACCUUUUCUCUAACAUAUUGUUUUAAAAAAAGACAUGUACUUUUUAUGUCUUUCUUUCAUCCGAUUGCAUUAUAUUCCUUGGAUAUUUUCCUCUUUGUAGAGCAAUUUAUUAAAUGCUAUGAACCAA